CCUCACUAUCUUCUUCCACAGAGUCUCUGCAGGCGACGACAGUGAAAGUCUCCUAAAAACCCUAGUUUCUCAAUCUCGUCGUUUCGUCAACAUGGCGUCUAAGAGGAAGAACAGGGAGCCAAAAGAAGAAAAUGUUACGCUUGGACCUGCUGUCAGAGAAGGAGAGCACGUCUUUGGUGUUGCACACAUUUUUGCAUCAUUCAAUGACACCUUCAUUCAUGUUACUGAUCUGUCUGGAAGAGAAACCCUUGUUCGCAUCACUGGUGGUAUGAAGGUGAAAGCUGAUAGAGAUGAGUCUUCUCCAUAUGCUGCUAUGCUUGCAGCACAGGAUGUUGCACAGAGAUGCAAGGAGCUGGGCAUUACUGCUCUUCAUAUUAAGCUCCGUGCUACUGGAGGGAACAAAACAAAAACCCCUGGUCCCGGUGCUCAGUCUGCCCUCCGAGCUCUUGCUCGUUCUGGAAUGAGAAUUGGUCGUAUUGAGGACGUUACACCAAUUCCUACUGAUAGCACCCGCAGAAAGGGUGGUAGAAGAGGUAGAAGGUUGUAAGCCUGUUUUUUUCUUCCGAGGGAGUUAUGCCGUGGCAAUUGUUGCGCAUUCACUUUGCAGUGGGAUGAGAGACUUUGCUAAAGUUAGGUUGAUGUUAUUUCCAAUUUUGAGCUGAUAUGUAGUUUCUCUCGACUGAGACUUUGUCAAAGAUUUAUUUGAAGUUGUAGAAAGAGUUUGUGGGAUUUUGAGAUAUUCGGGAUUCUUCUAUCUAUUCGUAUCAAAGUUGCAUCGGCAGUCGUAUGCUUUUUGAACGAAUUUCUUGCCCGUCGGUUCUUAUCUCUACACUUGGCCUCAAGUUGCUAGUGAUAGGAGACCAAGUAUAUGAAAUCAAUGCACUAUUUUUGACU